UUAUUUUUCAAUUAAUUGAAUCUAUAAUAUUAUUUUUUAGCUAAUUGUAUAAAGCUCUCUAGUUUAGUAACACCGUAGAGAAACAAUAGCAUAAGUAGAUAUCCCAUGGUACAGGACGUUUAUGUCGCAGCUUUUACUGUUAUCUCAAGCCUAUAGUGCACGUAGUUCUUUCCCUUCUUGACGCUGGUAGUCUCUCAUAUUGUGCCGUUCAUACACUUUACCCGGUCAAAACAGUGAAAAUCGACAAUAAUCAACAGUAAUCGGCUUGAGAUAACAGUGAAAGUUGCGACAUAAACGCCCUAUACCAUGGGAUAUCUACUUACGCUAUUGUUUCUCUAUGGUAAUACACAUACAAUAUGAAGCUCUCUGUAGUAUAUUCAUUUUUUAUGUAGAAUAAUUGUAGUGUAAUUAAUAAAACUAUAUUAUUACUGAUUAUUAUAAUCAAUAAUUUAUUUUCAUUGACAUUGUAGGUAAUAAGUUCUCACUGCCUUAUUGUUAGCUGUGACCGAUAUCAUUGUUACAAACUGAAAAUAAAAUUAGUAUGCUGUGAAUUUUCUAAUGAUUUCAUUUAUAUUAGUUUAUGGGACUAUCUCGUGAACGGGAAUAAAUUUAGAAAACCUCUUGGUUUUUGAGUAAUUUUUAAUCCUUUAUUCUUUAUUCAUUUAUACAAUAAGUACAUCAUCAAAAUGAUAGGGAGAGGAAAAAUAAGGUAACAAGAAAAUCAUAUCCUGUGAAAAUACAUGCUCAAUUCUUACAGUGAUAAGAAACUCACUUCAAUGAAUGAAUCUUUUCAAGAACAAAUAAGUUUUCUUAAGAAACCAAGGCAAACUCUUCACCCUUGAAACUUUUAUCUUGAUUACAGGGUAUUGGCCUUCAACCGCCCGACCCCAAGGCAUGCCGUGUCCCGCCUUGAAACAAAAUUAGAAUUAUUUAUGCACAGCGCAAUUGUGGGAAGGUGGAGGUUUUCUCCAUUGAUUUCUCGGCAACUGCAUUGCUGUUGGUGGUGGAACGCGGUUGCUAGGUGUACAAUUCCUCUGCUCAGUCACAACAUUGCUUCAGUCUAACAGUCUAACCUCUUCUCUAAGUAUUCUCAAACUGAGGCUUACCAUUGUUACAUUCAACUUGUUGCAGGCGAAAUUAAUACGUUAUCAAUCUGCACUACCCCUAAAAUCUCAAAAGUUAACUAGUCCAUUUCAUUAUUGAGUUACAUUAUUUUAUUCUACUAUUAUUAAUAAACUUUUAAUGUGAUGACAUAGGUAAUCUUUGUUCGUUAUUUCACUUCUUUUCCAAUACAGUAGACUGACAUCCCAAUUCAAUAGAUGAUCGUUUCCUGUUUACGUUGUUUCCUUCUUCUUCAAGACAGUAGACUGACAAGUCAAUAGAUGAACAAGGAAGACAUUUCUUCUUGAACUUGAAAUCUUCAGCUAUGAUGGACACCUUCCAAAAUCAUUUUGAGAAUGAUAACAAGUGUAUUAAUGUGAUUCAUGAGUUUCUAGUGCACUAUGAAUUCACGUCAACUCUGUCUGCCUUCUUGUCGGAAACACCGCGUCUUGGAUUCACUUUGCCUCAACAACCAACUGAAAUCAAGCCGCACAUCCGACGGGAUGAUAUAGCAAAAAUAUUCUCCACUUUCCAGUCAGAAAACUACAAACAGUUUUUUGAGAUAUGGCACAUGACAAUACCAUCCUCCAUAAAAAGCCUGAAAGACUAUAAACGGUUAACAUUCCACUUGUACGUCUAUUUCGCCACGCUUCCAUUCAGGAAAAACCGCAGGAAAAUCAUACCAAUCGAAGUUGUUGAAAUAGUUGAUGAGAAUGAAAAGGUUGACAACAAAAUCGUCAAAUUUGAACCCGAACUCGACAGGAUCUCAGAAACCUGUGAGAAACCCACCUCAAACGAGAAUGCUGUUUCUACCGAUGAGGAAGAUAACAAUAAUGUUGUUACAGCUAUGGAUAAAAAGUUCACCACCUUCAAAGAUUUAGGUGAGGGCAUAAAUAACAACUUGAAUGAGAGUCUAGUUAUUAAUACUAGUGAGGAAUCUGUGAAGAAAAUCAUCAACAGUAACUACAAAGAGUAUGGAGGGGAGGCUCCUUCAAAACUCCUCCAACCUGAUGAAGUUUCAAUCAAUAUGGCGAAGCGAAACAGUGUCACACCUGAAGAAACCGGGAGUAGUCGGAACUCAAUUGAUAGUCUGGAAGUUUUCAAGAUUGAUGCCUCUGGAAAAUUCAGGGAAGUUCGGAACUCUAUUGAUAGUUUAGAAGUAUAUGCGGAUGCUAGGAUUGAGAGCACGUCGAAAUUUAUUGAGGCUGAAAUUGAUAACUCGACUAUUGAACAGAAGGAGAAGGAAAUAGUUGAUAGACUAGUGGAGAAAGCUAUCAACAACAAUGAGACAGAAUUAGUAUUUGUUGAUAAAGAAACUGAACAGCUCAUGCAGUCUAAUAAAUUGAACGAAAAUGAUAUAAAUUCUGCUAACAACUCUAUCCAUAUCUUGGAGGAUAUCAAUAUUGAUUUCAUAGAGAAAGAGAAGAACAAAGUAGCUGAUUACAAUAUGAUAAAUAUUUUGAAAAAUAACGAAAUUCCCUUACCAAUAAAAGUUGAAUCACCUAGACUUUCAACUGAGAGAGAUGCAGUAGUACCUGAACUAAAUAAUGAAGAAACAAUGGAUAAUAGUUCUGUAGAUGUUAAUGUUGUAUCAAAUGAAUCAGCAAUGGAUGUCUUGAAGACGUUUCUGACGACCAAAGGUCCUGAAUUCAGCUCUGAACCUGAGUUUCUUCCAUUUUUUGCACUGCCCUUCAUCAACAACCCGAAAGAACACCCUUCAUUCAUGGAUAUUUUCAAGGAAUCAUGGGCAGAAACUUUGGAAAAACGUCUGGUGGACUUUGUUGAGCAGUACAGCUACGGCGAAAGUGUAGCACCGUCCCUCAUCAAGCAAUGCUCGAAACCAAUUAUUGCCUCAAACAAUAAUUCCAGAGUAUCAAGUGCUAGACUCACAAGUAUAAAUGAAAUCGAUGGCAAUCGACGCUAUAAAAAUUUGAAACACAAAUUUCAAAAGCUUCACCGAGAUCACCAAAAUCUUAUAGGUGUUGCUGCUGAGUUGACAACUGCCCUGGAAAAUUCAGUUAGAGGUCAAGCAGUAGAUCUGAAAGCGACACUUUGUAACUGCGUCAAAAUAUUUCCCGAGCUUUUCUCCAAACCUGGCGACGAUUCAAUGUCUACUUUUCAAAUCAAGAAAGACUAUGGACAUGAAUAUAAUAGAAUAAGUACUACGCCGUGUUAUCAUCUAGAUGUGCAGAAGAUCAAGCAGCACCUGGCGACUGGCAGCAUGAAAACUAAACUUCUACUGAUUCAAGCUCUCAGAUGGCGACUAACCCGCAGUUCGAGUGACGACCGCGACCACACCGUGCUCUGGCUGUCGCAACACGACGUGUUCUCGUUGCGCGCCACCGUCCUGGAGGACAUGUUGGCCCCUCCAGGGGCAUGUACGCCCCACCCGCUGCAGCAGGCGGUCGCGCGGCUGCUCAACACUGUCGCGUCGCUGCGCUGUGGUCGCGACUACUUGGCGCCUUCUCACGCGCUGCUGUCGCUGCUAGUCGCUACACUCCGACAGCAACGGGUCAAGAUCGAUCAGACAACGGCUGAUAUGCUGUUGGCCACCCUGCAGAAGUUGAGUCUCAGGAAAAAUCAACGAAUGGGCAUGAUUGAGAACGGUAUGGUGGAAUGGUUGAUCGAGAAAAUGAAGGGAGACCAGAAUCGGUCGUACACUCUGGAAUACAGCUCCGCUCUCCUCAUGAACCUUUGUCUGCAUAAUGAGGCCAGACAACGGUUUCCCCCUCUCCUUCUCUCCACCCUCAUUCAGCUGCUUGAUUCUUCUCACACGCAGAUUGUUCCAGUGAUAUCAGGUACAUUGUACUGCCUCCUAACCAGAGAAGAGGUCAACAAUGUAGCCAAAGAUUUGAAUUUAGAACGGACAAUACAGAUUCACAUACAGAGGUUCAGUGCUGAGCCAGCUAUGGUUCGACAGUUGGAAACACUUUUGAAACUGCACAAAGGGGAGUUGCCCCCUGAUGCAAUACAAACCAUUUCUGAAGAGCCAAAUGAAGAUGAAAUGGAAGACCCUGAUGAGCUUGAGAGAGAAUUGGACUUUGACGAUCCAGUGAGAGCGAUGCCGGGUGAUUUGUCCGGUGAUGACUUGCUGAACACUCUUUAUUCGUGUCCAAGUAGUGAUAUGUGUCAUUAAAUAAUUUAAUGAAAUUAUUUAAUUAUUAAAUUUUGUUCUGUUUCACGAAUAGAUAAAUAUCAAUGUCUGUUGAAACGUAAUUUCAUCUGUUAUUCAAGGAAAUUAUAUACUUGUACAAAAAUGCAAUUUAGUCUCUUUUCAAUAUAGCUUACCUUAAAAAGUCACCACCUGUUGAUAUAUAGAUUAAUAUUGAUUUGUCUAAAUUAUGGUGUUAUUUUAGAAACAGUGAUUGUAAUACAGUACAUAUUUUGAAUAACUUCUGCUAAAAAUAACUAUAAUUUUCAUGAAAUAGUAGAGCCGGAAAUAGCAUAUUAUUUUUCCAUCAUAAAAAAUACAUUAUUGAUUUGUGCGUUCUUGUAAUAAAUAAUAUUUAAA